CAAUUCUAAAUAUUCUCAAUCAUGCACUACAAAAACUUCUGUUAGCACUAUACAGCUUCUUACAAGUCAUUCUCUCGCAAAUUUACAUAGUUUCAAAAAAGUGCUAAAUGGGUGAAGGAAAAUAUGAAUCCCGUAAGCAUGUAGAAAUGCCUCCAUCAAAACCAUUCUCCAACUCACUACAAUCGUCACUGAAGGAGACAUUCUUUCCUGAUGAUCCAUUCAGACGAUUCAGAAACCAGCCUAUUUCCCGAAAGAUUGUACUAGGACUACAAUACUUCGUGCCAGUCCUCGAAUGGGCUCCUCGUUAUAGUUUUGAUUUCUUUAAAUCUGAUCUCCUAGCCGGAAUCACUAUUGCCAGUCUUGCUGUUCCACAAGGCAUCAGCUAUGCCAACUUGGCCAACUUACCACCAGUCAUCGGACUUUAUUCAAGUUUUGUUCCACCUUUAGUAUACGCCAUGCUGGGAAGUUCGAAAGAUGUUGCAGUUGGUCCAGUUGCAGUUGGAUCACUUCUCAUAGCUUCGAUGUUGGGGAAGGAAGUCAGCCCUAUCGACAAUCCGAAGCUCUACGUGGACUUGGUUUUUACUGCUACCUUCUUUGCUGGAGUUUUUGAAGCUGCACUAGGUUUCUUAAGGCUUGGAUUUAUAGUGGACUAUCUGUCUCAUGCAACAAUAAUAGGGUUUAUGGGUGGAGCAGCCACGGUGGUGUGCCUGCAACAGCUCAAAGGGAUUUUAGGACUCGUUCAUUUCACUCAUUCUACAGAUCUUCUGUCUGUCACUCGAUCUAUUUUCACCCAGACGCGUCAGUGGAGAUGGGAAAGUGGAGUCCUGGGUUGCUGCUUCCUUUUCUUCCUCGUCUUAACAAGAUACAUGAGCAAGAGAAAGGCGUCCUUCUUUUGGAUAAACGCUAUGGCGCCGCUGGCUUCUGUGAUUCUGGGAAGCAUUCUUGUGUAUUUCACCCACGCUGAACAGCAUGGAGUUCAAGUGAUUGGACAUCUAAAGAAAGGAUUGAAUCCAGUGUCUGGGUCGGAAUUGGCAUUUGGAUCUCCACACAUGGGUUUGGCCAUUAAGACAGGAAUCAUCACUGGUAUUAUUGUACUGGCUGAAGGUAUUGCAGUGGGAAGAAGCUUUGCGAUGUUCAAGAACUAUCACAUUGAUGGUAAUAAAGAGAUGAUUGCUUUUGGAGUUAUGAACAUUGCAGGCUCUUUCACUUCUUGCUAUCUGACUUCUGGAACAUUUUCAAGAACAGCAGUGAAUUAUAACGCGGGAUGCAAAUCUGCAGUCUCUAAUAUUGUGAUGGCAACAGCGGUGAUGAUAACGUUGCUGUUUCUAAUGCCAUUGUUUCACUACACUCCUCUCGUGGUGCUCUCCUCCAUUAUCAUGGCAGCAAUGUUAGGUCUCAUAGACUAUAACGGAGCUAUUCACCUCUGGAAUGUCGACAAAUUUGAUUUUGUCAUCUGUAUGAGCGCAUAUGUUGGAGUGGUUUUUGGCAGUGUUGAAAUUGGAUUAGUGAUUGCGGUGGUGAUAUCUCUGCUUCGUGUUCUGUUAUUCCUUACGAGGCCAAGAACUUUACUGCUUGGCAAAGUUCCAGGGUCCAUGGCAUACAGAAGUACAGAACAGUACCCCGAGGCUAAUAAUGUUCCUGGAAUCCUCAUUCUUCGAAUUGAAAGCCCCAUCUAUUUCACCAAUUCCAACUACUUAAGGGAAAGGAUCUGGAGAUGGAUUAAUGAAGAGGAAGAUAAGCUAAAAGAUUCCUCAGCAACUGAAUUACAGUAUGUUGUUUUAGAUUUAAGCGCUGUUGGUAGUGUAGAUACGAGUGGAAUUAGCAUGCUCGACGAAGUGGAGAAAAGUACAAGCAGAAGAGGCAUUAAGCUAGUGUUGGUUAACCCGGGAAGCGAGGUGAUGAGGAAGCUGGGCAAGUCCGGGUUUACAGAAAGGAUUGGGAGAGAAUGCAUGUAUCUUACAGUCGGAGAUGCAGUUGAUGGAAUCAGUUUCGUGCUUCACUCGCAUAAAUCCAAAGCAGUUGAAGCAGAGGAUGUCAACAUUAACAACAUUGUAUGAUCGCAAAUGAUGCCUGCAGCAGAAAUAAUCUCAGACAUGGUUUCAUCAUCUCAACAUAUCUGAAUCAUCAUGAGAGUCACUUGUGAUAUUCUCCUUCCAUGUUGAAAUAAAUUAGUAUAUAUGCGCCCUCAAACUCAUUAAAACUUUGUUAAGCGCUAAAUUGUCGUCGCAAAUGUUCUCAAAUUAGUUCAUAAAUUAUGCAGAACACAUGAUUAAAAUAAAACAAGAAGAUAUAUAGUCAAAAAUCCUUCUGCAUAA